CCAGAAACUGUCAUUCUCUCGAAGAAAUGAAGAAAGCCGUGUGGGCUACAUUCUACCACAUGACAUCAACAGACGAAAACCCUCAGCACUCUUACUGCUCAGAUUCUUGGUGCAAGUAUCAACAGCUCAAAGCGGAAAAUCAAGAGAGCACUUAUGAACACCCAGUAACGUUUGACGAACAAGUUACAAAUCUCAUAAAACCUGUGUACGAGACUUUGGCGUCCGACGAUUUAUUGAAAAGAUGCUUGGGCGGGAACACGCAAAAUAACAACGAAAGUUUUAAUCACUGUGUAUGGAAUUUUGCUCCGAAGCAUACUUUUACUGGGAAAAACGUUCUGGAAAUUGCUACCUAUACCGCCGCUUGCAUCUUUAAUGAGGGUUUUCUACCUGUACUCAAAAUUAUGGAGACAAUGGGCGUUACAUUAGGACAAACAGCCAGAGACUACGCUGACGAUGUUGACAAUGCACGGAUUUUGAGGGCAGAGAAAACUGCAGAAGCCAACUCCAAAGAAGCCAGAACUUUACGUAGAGCUCUAAAAGCUGCUGAAAAUGACAACUUUGAGGAAACGGAAGGACUGCUCUAUGCACGAGGCAUAGCUGAUUAAUAUGACUUUGGAAG